GCCGCCGCGGCCAGAGCCAGGCCGGAGGGGGAGGCGCCCGGGUCCUGCCCCCCUUCUCGGCCAUCUACGCCGCCACCAUGAAGCUCGUGAGGAAGGACAUCGAGAAGGACAAUGCGGGCCAGGUGACCCUGGUGCCCGAGGAGCCCGAGGACAUGUGGCACACGUACAACCUGUUGCAGGUGGGCGACAGCCUGCGCGCCUCCACCAUCCGCAAAGUGCAGACUGAGUCGUCCACGGGCAGCGUGGGCAGCAACCGCGUGCGCACCACGCUCACCCUCUGCGUGGAGACCAUCGACUUCGACUCGCAGGCCUGCCAGCUGCGGGUUAAGGGCACCAACAUCCAGGAGAACGAGUACGUCAAGAUGGGUGCCUACCACACCAUCGAGCUGGAGCCCAACCGCCAGUUCACCCUGGCCAAGAAGCAGUGGGAUAGCGUGGUCCUGGAGCGCAUUGAGCAGGCCUGCGACCCGGCCUGGAGCGCUGACGUGGCCGCCGUGGUCAUGCAGGAGGGUCUCGCCCACAUCUGCCUCGUCACGCCCAGUAUGACCCUGACCCGUGCCAAAGUGGAGGUGAACAUCCCACGCAAACGCCGGGGCAACUGUUCCCAGCACGACCGCGCCCUGGAGCGCUUCUACGAGCAGGUGGUCCAGGCCAUCCAGCGCCACAUCCACUUUGACGUGGUCAAGUGCGUUCUUGUGGCGAGCCCAGGUUUUGUGAGGGAGCAGUUCUGCGACUACAUGUUUCAGCAGGCCGUGAAGACAGACAACAAAUUGCUGCUGGAAAACCGAUCGAAAUUCCUUCAGGUACAUGCCUCUUCUGGGCACAAAUACUCAUUGAAAGAGGCCCUUUGUGAUCCUACUGUGGCCAGCCGCCUCUCAGACACCAAGGCUGCUGGUGAAGUAAAAGCCUUAGAUGAUUUCUACAAGAUGUUGCAACAUGAACCUGACAGAGCUUUCUAUGGACUCAAGCAAGUGGAGAAGGCCAAUGAGGCCUUGGCAAUUGACACAUUGCUCAUCAGUGAUGAGCUCUUCAGACACCAAGAUGUAGCCACCCGCAGCAGAUAUGUGAAAUUGGUGGACAGUGUCAAAGAAAAUGCAGGCACAGUUCGGAUAUUUUCUAGUCUUCAUGUAUCUGGUGAACAACUCAGCCAGUUGACUGGAGUUGCUGCCAUUCUUCGAUUCCCUGUCCCUGAUCUCUCUGACCAGGAAUCUGGUUCAAGUUCUGAAGAAGAUUGAUGAUUGGCACUUGUAAAGAGACCGUUUUCUGUCAUACUCUUAACCUGCAUAAACUAAUAUAUAAAACAGAUAUUCUCAGAUCCCGUGUGAAAGCUGCUAGGGAGGUUCUGUUGAAUUGAGGGUUUUUGUUUUUUUUUUUUUUUUGUCAGGCUAGCCUCUUUCUGUUGGAAGUCCUAAACAUCUAGAAAAUAAAUUAAGAGAAAAUUAAUGCCUAAUUUUAUCCUUAUUCACAUUAGUAAUUUUAGGGGAAAAAAUGGUUCAGAGAUACUUAAUAAUUAGAAAAAUAAGCAGUUAGAUAUUUAGGAAAAAGAAAAGCUGUGGUUUCUUUUACAUCUCUAUUCAGUCUGUUCUAAAAGCCAUUGUUUUUGUUUCUGUUUUGUAUUUUCAGAGUGCUUUGAAGUAAUUUUAUUUGACCUCAAAUAGCUAAACUAAAAGGGUUUUUUUGGAAGAUGAGAUAGAAAAUUCUACUUAAGAUGUCAGCAAAAAAUAUCUAAAAACUGACAUUAGAAAACUUUAUAGGAAUUGAACAAGAUCAUUUCUAAAACCUUAAGAAGCCAUUGUAAAUGCCUUAAAAGUUAGCCAUAUGUUAUACUAUGCACUGCUUAGCUACUAUUCAUAGAGUUUUAGAGCAAGGGAACAUUCGUAAAUACCAUACUUUUAUUUUACAAAAGAUAAAUUGAAGACCAGAGAGGUUAAAAUGACUUUGAAGACAAGUAGCUAAUUAUUAGCAAAGUUUAUAAUAGAAUCCAACUUAGAUUUCAUGUAGAGUGGUCUUUCUGUUUGUAACACUUUGAUUUGGUAAAUUUAUUAAUAGUUAUAUUCGAAUUUCAAGUUGCCUAUUUUGGGAAUUUUAAAGCAGUAUUUUCUAGAUUCUAAAAAACUCGUUUAUUUGGGCAAUUGUGUGAUUAAAUAGAGCCCAUAUGCAGCAGAUUAAAUAAGGCAAGACAUGUUUGAUUUGUUUUAGAAUUGAAAAGUGAAAUGGUCUAUUCUUUGAAAUGGUAGAUUAGAUUUUACUCAUGGUCUAUGUAAUAAAUGGGUCAUCUAUGGGUACCAAA